UUCAAAUAUUGUACGCGCACGGAGUUGCUCGUGAACCGUUAGAAGUAAUUCCACAGUGACGACGCGGAGAAACGUAAACUUUGACGUUGGGCAAGCAUCGCCGUCAUGGUUAACGUACUCACGUAUAAACACGCGAUUUGGAAAUAACAGUGAGACGAGGAGGAGCCAAGACAACGUUCAUCUGUACUUCAGUCACGAAUAAUUCGGAAUUCCGUGAAAGUGCACGAGACAUCUCUCCCGAGCGGUUCCUGAACGUUCCUCUCGCGUAUUCGGAAGGGUGCUCGGCUCUCCCCGGUUCUAGUUCGAUCUACUCAGGACGUACGAAUGAAAGGGAAUGAAAUACUAAUCUCAGAAACUCCUUUUCUGAGAUUUCGUUUGAGAUAAAUGUCAGUUCAUUGUUAAGAAAUUGUUUAUCUGAACGAGGCUGCGGAAAAUAUCAUGGAGUUGGGAAGCAACGAAAGAUCGCGGUACGAGCGGUACAAGAAGGCAUCGGAGACCUGUGAGAGGCUUCGCGGCAAACCCAAGUAUUUCUGCGAUCCGAACGAGAAGUCACAGAAACUGCAGGAUGCAAGCGUCAAACAGAGGGAUAAACUGGCGCAGGAAAUAGUGGCUGUGAGAUCGGAUUUGGCUGGUAUUAGAAGAAGUUUGGGUUUAUCUGAAGCUGCGAAAACUGAGACUCCGUCGGGAUCAGGAGCAUCUCCAUACUUUGAAUAUAAGUUUCCUAAACAUCUACAGUCGGACAAAUUUUCCAAGGAAAAGAUGGAGCUGGAGACGAAGUUGGAUGAGAAAAAGAAAGAGGUUCAAGAGAAACAAAAAAGGAUACUUGAGCUACAGGACAAAGUCAGGGGGCUCUCGCAGAUGGAAUCUCAGAUGGAAGAUAAAACGCGAAAAUUGGAAGCUUCCAACAAGGAGAGGGACAUACUCGAGAAAGAACUGAUAACUACGAGGUCAGAAUUGGCAGGCAUUAAAAGGACAUUAGAAUUGGAGCGGCAAGAGAGGAGAGAUUUAGAAACGCGAGCACUUGGAUUAAUAAGGGACGCUAAGCGCAAAUGGGAGAAUGCGGAGAAGGACAAAAUUGCACAAUUAAACAAGCAUAUUGAAACACAAACCACAAAAAUUACAGAAUUAUGCACCAGUAACAAUGAAAUGAGUUCACGUCUGCAGAGGACAGAGAGUGAACUGCAAACUGCAAAUGCAGAAUUAGAUAAAUUGCGUGUAUUUCAAGCAAAAUAUAUGGAAUCCUUGGCAAAGACGCGCGAGUUGAGUAGACAAAGUUUCCAAGGCGUAGAAAUUAAAUUGGAGGAGAUUUCCACACGUGCUCACAAUCAGCUGGCCGAUUUGCGAGCAAAAUUGGACUUUGAAGCGACGAAGAACACAGAUCUCGAGACUAGGUUACGAAACGAGCAGGAUUCAAAUCAUUGUCGCGAGUCCAGACUGAAUGUUGCUUUAGAACUUGCUCAAAACGAAUUAAAAGAUUGUCAAGAACAAUUACGUACUAUACAAGCCACGCUGCCGGCCAGAGACGCCGAGAUCGAGGCUUUACGUAAGCAACUGCAGGAGAGAGCGAGACAGAUAGACGAUCUGAAAACAUCGGAGCAAUUGCUCACAACUAUGCAAGAACAAUUGGAAAGGAUGCAUCUCGAAAAUGAGCAAUUAAAGCAACAAUUGCAAAUCACCAAAUCUGACUUAAAUGAAACCAUGAUAAAUUUGGAGCAAAGUGAGGCGCUUGCUGUAAAUUUAGAGCAUGCGGCACAGGAUAAGGCCGCGUUGCAAAAGAGAUUACAAGAUUCUUUGGAAAAAGAAGAGGAACAAUUGCGCAAAGUUUGCAAUUUGGAGGAAUUACUGAAACGUUUGGAGUAUAGUGUUACAAAAUUGGAAGCAGAGAAUGCUACUCUUAAACAAUUGGAUGAGGUACCAGCUGCAACUCGCGCAGCAAUUAUUCAAGCUACUGACACAAAGGUAUUUCAUAGACAAGAAGAAGUAGAGAAACUGAAGCAGCAACUUCAAACGUUAAGAGAAGAAAUAACAGUUGAAAAGCAAACGGCGAAGCAAGCUCAGUUAGCUUUAUGGAAGAAGGAAAAAGAGUUAUCAGAUGCUAACUUAGAUAAACGUAUAGCUGUGAGGGAAGCUAAGAGAGCCGAGGAUAAAAUAAAAGCGCUACAGGAGGAGAAGCAAACGUUACAAGAGAAAUUAAACGGCAGAGUAAAAGAUGAAGAGGAAAAUUCUAAGAAGCUAUUGAAAGAAUUAAAUAUUGCAAAGACAUCAUUGAAUGAUAUUACAAAAGAGGCGUCCAGGCAUAAAAUGCAGGCUGAUUCAGCACAAAGGGCUCUGACCCAAGCUAAUCGUCAAAUUGAGGAACUACAAUCUUCGAGUGCAUCAUUACGUAGAGAAUUGGAUGCGGCUCGUAAGCAAAUGCGAUCGAAUCAAGAACGUGUCGAUGCUCUGAGUACCGAGAACAGGCGUUUGACACAGACAAUUGCUAGGCAUAACGAAGAAAAAACCGAACUCGAGUCUAAAGCUGCAAAAUUAGAGCAGGAUAUCAAAGGAUUCGAAUUAAAUGUUGAAUUGCUAAAGGAAACCUGUACAGUCUUAGAAGAGCAGUUGACAGACUACGAAAGAUUAACAAGCGAGCAUGAAACAAAUAUGAAUAUGCUUAUUCAGGAUAAAAUGAAGCUGCAGAAAGACUUGGAAGCUACCGAAACAAGGGUGCAUGAAGCGCGUAUUGCGCAGAAUGAUGAGAAAACACGAAGAGUAGUCGCCGAACGUAACGUCGAACAAUUGGAAUCUGAAACGAGUGACAUAGAGAGCGAAAAAAAUAGUCUUAUCGUUCAAAGAGACCAGUAUAAGAAACUCGUUCAGGAUCUCACUAUUCAAGUUGAAGAAUUGAGCACGAGAUGCGGUGAAAUGGAGUGCGAUCUCUCGGAAAUGGGCCGUGCUUUAGAAGCCGCUAAAGGAGAAUCGAGAGUCGUGAAGGAAGAGAGCAGCGACUACUUGACGAGAGUGCACGAAUUGAAAGAGGUGAAUUUCGGGCUUAUGGCUGAUCUGCAGAAUAGCAUAGAUCAGGGUCAGGAACUGAGGUUAAGAAUAGCGGAAUUAGAAAACGUCUUAGACGAGAUGAGACAAUUCUAUCAGGAAAGAGAAGUGAAGGCCGAGAGUACUCGACAGCAACAAAACAAGCUGAUUGACUAUUUGCAAUUAAAGUUGGAGGAAUGCAGUAAGAAAAAGAAGACCAUGUGCGACAAGAUACUUGGCACAAAGCAAAAAGAGAACAUGCCACCUAUGGGUAUGGGUGUGCCUGUGGGAGUUAGAGAACUAGAGAAUCAGCUCGCCAAAGAACGGGCGAAGGUGAAAACGUUGACUGAUCAGCUGUUAAUUCAGAAAGCUAGGAUUGCUUCCGCGCCUGCAUCUGCACCUGCGUCUCCAACGACGCCAGAACGCGAAGGCAAAAAGAUGAAGAGUGUCACAGAAAUCAGCUCGUUGCUUAGGCAAUUAUCUCCGCAGAGGAUAGGGCAUAACAUUCCACAUAGAUUCAAUGUCGGAUUGCCUAUGCGCGCUGGAAAGUGCGCUGUAUGUCCAAAGGCUAUACAGUUCGGAAGACGCGCCGCGACCUGCAGCGAAUGUCAAAUCAUGACGCACUUGGAAUGUGUGGUGUCUGUACCUGCCAAUUGUGGUUUACCGAGUAAUUUGCCUAAAUACUGUCAUAAAUCUUUUAAGGAUAGCGAUGAAAGCUUAUCGUCGAUCGGAGAUAGCGUCCAGACUUUGGCGAUAGAUCAGCCGGAUAAACCAGAUGAUCUACAGAGCGCUCCUUGCAAAGAGAAUGAAGUUUCUAUGGAAGGAUGGGUAAAAGUUCCUGGCAGAUCAAAAUCCUGCUGGGAGCGAAAGUACUUGAAGUUGGAAGGAUCGUGUCUGUGCAUCUACGAGCAUCAGCCGUGUGCAGGGAUGUCACCGAUCAGUCGUUUAAAUUUAAUAGAGAACAACGGCUUUAAUAUUUCUGAGAUGGUGCAGUAUCCCGACGUAUUAGGAACGGCAAAAUCCGACAUCCCAUUUAUUUUUAGAAUAGAAUCGAAUUCUGCGACGACUUGCUGGCCUUCGUCUAGAUUGGACGUCAUGGCACUGAGUCAGGCCGAUAAGAGGAAUUGGCUCAAAACUUUAAAGACCGUUACUGUUCAAAACUCGUAUUCUAUAUCAAAAUGCAAAAAGUAUCAAACUGUACUUAGAUUAGAAAAACAUCAGUUGGAUUUGAACUGUGUUGUGGAUCUGGGUGUGGAAAAUGUACUUUUGCUGGGUGCGAAAGAAGGUCUAUUUUCAUAUUGCGCUUCAAAAUCUCAGACGCUCACUACAAUACGCGGUGUCAAGCAAAUACACCAGCUCUCUUUGCAUUCCCACUUGGAUGUAGCUUUAAUGAUAGCUGGUGAAUACAGGGAAUUAGUAUAUUGCAACUUGAGACUAUUGAAGAAUAAUGCGUUGGCCGCCGAUUGUUCUAAACCGGCGAUCAAUACCAAGGGCGUGCUAUCUACGUCUGAUAGUUGUCAUCUUUAUCAAUUGCAAGGCGACAUAUUAUGCGCCGCAACUGCAUCUCAUGUGAUAUUAUUGAGAUGGAGAAUCGGAGAGGAUUCCGGGGAAUUCGUCGGGCUUCGUGAAUUUGAUACACAGGAGCCUUGCAGUUGUGCUAUAUUUACUACGAAUGUUCUUAUUGUAGGUUGUCAUAAAUUCUUACAGAUCGAUUUGCGUACUUACGUCGUAAACGAAUUUCCGGAAGAAGACAAUAGCUCAAUUAAAGCGGCAAUAUCGGGCGCGGCUAAACUUGGCAUAUUUCCCGUGUCUGUUCUGAAUAUCUCCAAUACGUAUGGCACGGCGGAACUUUUACUGUGCUAUAAUGAAUUUGGCGUAUUUGUGGACGAAAAUGGUAGAAGGACUCGCGCUGUUGAUCCAGUAUGGAACCAUUUACCGUUUGCUUUUGCAUUUUGCAAACCGUACUUAUUCAUUAUUCAUUUUUCGUCUGUUGAAAUUGUGAAACUCGAUGCGGAAGCAUACAGCUCUUCGGAAAGGAAUCCUGAACGUACCUUAAUCGAAUUAUCUAGUCCACGUUAUUUAGGCACAACCGGUUCAAAAGGAAUUUAUGUGGCCACUAUUAACUCUUACCUCGAAUUAUUGAAGAUAGAUGGUUUUAUCAGUAUGCCAACAUUGAACGGCAGUUUAACAAGUCUUGACACAUUAGGUCAAGAAGACGAAAGUAGUUCAGAAUUUAGUUUUACAUCAAGCUUAAUGGAGGCUUUAGACGGACAAGGGAAAAAAGUACACUUUGCUGGGGUACACAAAUAUUAAAAUCGAUCUUGUACAUGAUAUUUGAUUUAAUCUUGUCAUUGUUUCUUGACUCAGAAGCUGUAUUUAUAUGUUUAUAACAGCAGUUAUUACGAAGAAAAAUGACGUCUGUGGAAUAGUAUCUAAUUUAUAAUUAGUUAUUACAUUUCUUUAAAACUUAAACGCUUCAUUAAAACAUAUACUAUAUAUUUAAUGAAGAUCUUUGAUACUUGCCAUGUUACUAACUCUCUGAUCG